GAGAGCCGCGAGGAGCGGAAAGCGGCCAGGCCCGGCCCGGAAAUGAGCGCCGGGGCGGCGGCCGGGGGCCGAGGCCAGCGUCGGGCCUGCUCUUCCGGGAUGCGGCGGCGGCGGCGGCGGCGACCCGGGCAUGAGCGACGUGGUGGAGCGGACGCUGAGCGCCUUGCCCGGCUGGCUCGGGCAGCAGCACCAGCAGCAGCAGCGCGAGGGGUCGGGCGGAGGAGCCGGAGGAGGCCCCGCGCGGCCCGGCCGGACCGCCUCCGCCUCCCGCCUGGGAGGCCUCAUCCGCAGCAUCACCGCGCUCGCCUCCAAGCAUGAAGAAGAAAAACUUAUCCACCAGGAAUUAAAUAAUUUAAAAGCCACUGUUUCAGCUCCAACUACAAAUCUGAAAUUGAUGAAAGAAUGUAUGGUGAGGAUGAUCUAUUGUGAGAUGCUGGGCUACGAGGCGUCUUUUGGAUACAUCCAUGCCAUUAAGCUGGCACAGCAAGGGAAUCUUUUUGAGAAAAGAGUUGGUUAUUUGGCAAUUUCUUUAUUUCUGCAUGAAAAUCAUGAGUUGCUGGUUCUACUGGUGAACACAGUGGUGAAGGAUUUGCAGAGUACGAAUCUCAUGGAGGUAUGCAUGGCCCUCACAGCAGCCAGCCAGCUUUUUCCCCAAGAAAUGAUUCCUGCUGUCCUUCCACUCAUAGAAGACAAACUCCAGCAUUCAAAGGAAAUUAUUCGGAGAAAAGCCGUCCAGGCACUCUACAAGUUCUACUUAAUUGCUCCUAACCAAGUCCAGCACAUUCACGACAAAUUCCGAAAGGCGCUUUGUGAUAGAGAUGUGGGUGUGAUGGCAGCUUCUUUGCACAUCUAUCUGCAGAUGGUGAAGGAAGAUUCCUCAGAAUACAAGGAUUUGACAAGCAGCUUUGUAACAAUCCUGAAGCAGGUUGUCGGGGGAAAACUCCCCGUGGAUUAUAACUAUCACAACACACCAGCCCCUUGGUUGCAAAUCCAGCUUUUAAGAAUAUUAAGGCUACUUGGAAAAGAUGACCCAAGGACCAGUGAAUUAAUGUAUGACGUUUUAGAUGAAUCUUUAAGGAGAGCAGAAAUCAAUCACAACAUCACUUAUGCGAUCCUGUUCGAAUGUGUCCACACCAUUUACGCCAUUCACUCCAAACCUGAUCUGCUUGAGAAGGCCGCCAAAUGUAUUGGGAAAUUUGUCUUGUCCCCUAAAAUUAAUUUGAAAUAUUUGGGAUUAAAGGCUUUAACCUAUGUAAUCCAGCAGGAUUCGAACCUUGCUCUGCAACACCAAAUGACAAUAAUUGAGUGCCUGGAACAUCCUGAUCCCAUUAUUAAAAGAGAGACCUUGGAACUUCUGUAUCGAAUAACCAAUGAACAAAAUGUCACCGUCAUUGUACAGAAGAUGCUGGACUACAUAAAUCAAAGCAAAGAGGAAUAUGCCAUCAUCAACAUUUCUGGGAAAAUAGCAGAAUUAGCUGAAAAAUAUGCUCCAAACAACGAAUGGUUCAUCCGGACUAUGAAUGCCGUGUUUUCGGUAGGGGGAGAUAAAAUGCAUCCUGACAUUCUGAACAGUUUCUUGCGGCUUCUUGCAGAAGGCUUUGAAGAUGAGAAGGAAGACAUUCAGCUGCGGUUUCACGCUGUCCAAUCUUACCUGUCCUUAUUAGAGGACAAAAACGCAGUUUAUCCGCAGAAGUUUCUUCAAGUGAUGAGUUGGGUAUUGGGAGAGUACAGUUACCUCCUGCAAAACGUGGACCCUGAAGUUGUUCUAGCGACCUUGUACCGGAUCCUUAAAAGCAACGCCGCUUGUGAAACCAAGACUUGGAUCACGGCUGCAAUUUCUAAAAUAGCUUCUCGUACGAAUGGCUCAAAGACGGUUGAGAAUUUCCUCUUGGAAUUCAAUGCAUCUUUGGAUACCAGCCUGAGGCAGCAUGCGUUUGAAUUAAAAUACCUUUAUGAAAACAAGGAACUGAUGAAGAGAUUGUUUCCACUUGAUGCGAGCUGUAAGAACAUUGUGGUGGAUGCUUCCUUGUCUUUCUUAGACGGCUUUGUGGCCGAAGGAUUGGACCGGGGUGCCUUGCCAUACAAACCUCAUCAUCAAAGACAGGAAGAGAAACUGUCCCAGGAAAAAGGUGAUUGCUUUCUAAGAAAUGAAGAUUGUAUGGGCAAAGGAGAUCCCGCAGCUCAGAAGUUUACACGGAAAUCGAAAAUGACCGAAGCCCUCCCUAACGAGAGUUCAUCGCCUGAGGAAAGCAGCCCUUCCACUUCCCUAUUUCAGGAAGGGUUAACCGGAAAGAAGGACCUUUUUGUAAACAACGGACAUCUGAAGUUCAGGAAAGCCUCCCUACAUUCUUCUGAAAUGCCUGAAUCCAAGACGACGCUCGAUCGCUCCCAUUCGUUGCCGGAAGGCGGGCUGAAUGAAAAGUCCCUGGAUCACCAGUUUUCACCAUCUUCUUUAUUCACCCAUGAUCACAUGGACAUUUUCCACCCUUCCCCAAGUUCUCCCGCUCUAGUUCAGAAGCAACUUCUGCCGACGCCUCGUCUUCCAGAAGAAGCAGCUCAACAUCCUCAUUCAGACAUCUCAGAACUCUGCGGCAACGAAUCCCUGCUUGUAUACUUUUCUAAGGUCUGGAAAGAGGACAGUCUUCUCAUUUUUUUAUUUCUCGCCAAUAAAGGCCCUUCCAUCCUGAAAGACAUAACUCUGGAAUUCCAGCACUCUGAACAUUUUAAGGUGGUAGAAAGUCUUGGCUGCCAACUUGCUGGGAUAGAAAGUAAAAAUAUAGAAAGCUUCCAGAUGUAUGUAGAGAUGGAGAAGCCCUGCUCUUCAGGAAAAAUCUUUGGUUGCAUCAGUUAUCCGCUAGAAUUGGACGCCCACCUCAGAUUUUCUCUCUCUUUAGAACCGUUAGACUUCAUUAGACCAAUGAAGAUGAGCACGGAUGAAUAUGGAAAACUGUGGCUCUCCAUUUCAAAUGAAGUCAAACAAAAUCUGAAGGUGGCACCAUCUCAAGGAACUCUGCCCUUGAUCCUAGAUGUGUUUCAGCAAAAACUGAAGCUACAUAUUGUUGAUAUCAUAGGAAAUGAGGGAAUAGCCGCUUGUCGACUGCUUCCAUCAAUCCCGUGUCUUCUUCACUGCCGGCUCCAUGCUGGGACAUUGGCCUUAUGGUUCAGAUCGCCGUGUUCUGCUCUACCAGAUUGUUUACUUUAUCAAUGUCAGAAGGUGAUGGAAGAAUCCUGAAAAACCACACGGACUCCCUUUUUUGGACUGGUAUGAAAGAGGAGUGAUUGUGCGUAGGGGUUUUUACCAAUCACAAACUUGUGUUCUACACGGAGCGAAGGUGUAUCUCGGCAUCACUGUGGCUUUCCUUCCAGUGGGAGGGGAAAACCGAUCAGGAUGUUCACCUGACGUUGACAAGGCUGUAAGGUACGGGUAGCUGAAUCGAGACAUGUUAUGCAAGGCGCAUAUUUUCUAUUAAUGUAUUGGUAUAACUCACGGGAUUAUUCAUAGGAUCAGUUACUUGAAUAACUCAGUCUUUACACUCCCUAGUGCAGGGAACUGCUUAUUUUGUUGAAGCUCUUGAAGUGGUGUGAUGACCCAGGGCGUUGCACAAAGGCAACACAGACAGACAAUCAAUAAGAGUCCCUUUAUUAUCUCCAACUU